CUUGGAGAAAAACAACUUCUAAUGAUAUUAUUGCUUAGUGGUGGAGUACAAAGCUCUCAGUUGAGUUUUUAAAAAUUGCAAAAUUGACAUUGGACUUAUAUUUUGGACUUUUUAAUGCAACGCAGAGCAGUUGAAAAACAAGAACAAAUUGUUUUGUUUUUUUUCUAAGACUGUUAUAAUCGAUACGAAGCUAAUGCGAAAAUUGGCUAAAAUAAAACGUUUGACUGAACUUAACAGCUGAAACGGAUCAUAAUUCUCAUAAAGUCCUAUAAGCCUCCACAGGAGCGGCCCAUCCUUGCCUUGUUGUUACUUGAGGUUCCUGAACGCAUCACGCUCGUGCUGGGCCCCUCCCCCCCAGCUGCGCUCAUCCUCUGCUGCGUCACUCUAUUUAAAUUCACUCGCCGGCGUGUCGGCAUCUUCAGCUCGACUACGUGGUUGUGUUUUUAGCUCGCCUUCUGAAUUAAACCUCCUCGGAUUUAGUCUGAAAACCUCUGUUGCGUCUUAAAAAAACAUCGUGGCGUCAUGUCUACGGGGAUGCGGCGGAGUAGCAGCAGCUCGGUUCCGAUCAAAAACAUUGAGAGGGAGCUGAUCUGUCCGAUAUGUAAGGAGCUGUUCACGCACCCUCUGAUCCUGCCAUGCCAGCACAGCGUCUGCCACAAGUGUGUCAGGGAGCUGCUGAUGCUGAACCAUGAGGACUCUUUUGAUGCCGGCUCUGAAUGCUCCAUGCCGGGCAGCCCCAGGUCCAGGGUCCCCUCUCCCUCGAUGGAGAGGUUGGACAGGCUUGUACGAUCAGGUGGGUCUCGGGCCUCAAUUCGAAGGUCGUGUGGAAGUCGAGGUAGACGCGGCCUCCGUUUUUUGCGUAGCUGUAGCUCCAUCUCCUCACCGGGUUGGCGUAGAGGGUCGGUGACCCCCAGAAUCACAACAAUCCCAUGUCCAGGCUGCCAGCAUGACAUUGACCUCGGGGAACGUGGCAUCAGCAUGCUUUUCCGUAACUUCACACUGGAGAGCAUUGUGGAACGCUACCGACAAGCGGCUCGCGCCGCCGUGGCGAUUAUGUGCAACAUCUGCAAACCGCCACAGCAGCAGGAGGCGACAAAGAGCUGCAUGGACUGCAAGGCCAGCUACUGUAAUGAGUGCUUCAAGCUUCAUCACCCAUGGGGCACCCCCAAAGCUCAGCACGAGUAUGUUGGGCCCACCACAAACUUUCGGCCUAAGGUGCUUAUGUGUCCUGAGCAUGAAAUGGAGAAGGUCAACAUGUACUGUGAAGUCUGCAGGCGGCCCGUGUGUCACCUCUGUAAACUGGGAGGCUCCCACGCCAACCAUAAAGUCACCUCCAUGAGCAGUGCCUACAAAAUCCUCAAGGAGAAGCUGGCCAAGAGCAUCCAUUAUCUCAUCAGCAAAGAGGACCAGGUCAGGACUCAGAUUACAGAUCUUGAGCAGCUCAUCAGUCAGACACAGGAAAAUGGUGAGCUUGCGGAGCGUCAAGCAAAUGAGCACUUUGAUCGUCUCUUUGAGACGCUGCAAGAGAGGAGGUCUGAGAUGCUGAGGUCUAUCGAGCAGUCCCGAAACAGACGCCUUGAGCAACUCAAAGCACAGGUGGAUGAGUACCAGGGGAUGCUGGAGAACAGUGGCCUGGUGGGCUACGCACAGGAAGUUCUGAAAGAGACAGACCAGUCUUGUUUCGUGCAGACGGCCAAACAGCUGCACACCAGAAUCCAGAAAGCUACCGAGUCACUCAGGACCUUCCACCCAUCAGCAGACCCAUGUUUCGAUGAGUUUGUCCUGGAUACAUCAAAGGAGGAAACACUGCUCAAAGAAAUGUGCUUUGGUGGAGUUCCAGACCCUCCGAUAAUUGACCUGUCACAAAGCAAGGUUUAUAAUGAGGCCACGAUCUGUUGGAAGCUUUCCGACGACCACCUCCCCACAGACCACCACACUCUGGAGUACCGUAGAAUCGGUGGUCCCAGUCAGUCGCCCUUUCAAGAGGACAGUGAGGACAGUGGGGAUUGGAGGACAACAGACCAGGUGUUUGGGUCCAGUGCGGUGGUACGCGACCUGGAUCCUGACAGCUUGUACUCGUUCAGAGUACGCAGCUGCAGAAACUCCAUGUACAGCCCAUACAGUCCUGAAGUCUCUUUUCACACCCCACCUGCACCUGCGUUUGAUUUUCUGUUCAGUGACAAGUGUGGAUUCAGCACGGAGCGGCUGAUUCUAAACAAGCGGCGAGACACGGUGGAGAGUGUGGCUGGCAUGGCCUUCCUCCUCGCGGCGGAGCGCGUGCAGACGGGUAGCUACGUCGGACUCGACUACAUCAUCGGAGACACGGGCAUCUCUCAGGGAAGGCACUACUGGGCAUUCAACGUGGAGCCACAUUCCUACAUGGUGAAAGUGGGCGUGGCCUCCGACUCCAAGUUGAUAGAAUGGUUCCACAGUCCCAGAGAUACCAGCAGCCCAAGGUACGACCAUGACAGCGGGCAUGACAGCGGCAGUGAAGACGCCUGCUAUGAGCUGUCGCAGCCAUUCACUCUGCUCACUGUUGGCAUGGGCAAACUCUUCAUCCCCAAAGCUUCAUCUUCAUCUUCCGUGUCCUCUGCGAGCGCAUCAUCAGGAGACCCUGGAGGCAGGGUGCUUCCCAUGCCCCACCGCUUGGGUGUUUGCCUGGAUUACGACACCUGCAGGGUGUAUUUCUUCGACGCCGACACCAUGCGUUGCCUUUAUGAGAGGCAGGUGGACUGUUCUGGAACCAUGUACCCGGCUUUUGGCCUUAUGGGUAGCGGCAAGAUCACGUUGGAAGAAUUUGUCAUGGCCAAGAGGCUGGCCUUCUGAGGAGAGAUCUUGGUGCCCGACAUGCUUCUAUUCGUUCCACAGCUUCGUCUCAGAAUAAGGUUUUAAUGAGGGUAAUGGAGUAGAGUCCAUCUGAGGGGUCUGGAUAUUUGGUCCCUGCAGUGAAAAUGGGCUCUCUCUCCAUUGAGAAAUAUGUCGACAGCUGGCAUGCUCCUUCUGAUCAACAAGCAAGAUGAUGGUAUAGAUGUGAACGCUCGCCUCGAUAUACCAAAGUCUCCGCAGAACCGCUGUCGCCAGCUGAGCUAAACUGACUGAAAUGUUGGUCACAUCCGCUUUCAAUCUUCAAUUUUAAGAGCUCAGACUUUGCAUUUUUACUGGUAUUUCCGAAGGAAAUGGUUGGUGAUCUUUAUCAUUCUACUGUCACUCUUCCCUGUGUUUGUAGCGGUUUAAGGUUUAGAUGUAAUCUGUGAGGACCUGAGAGCCUUGUAGCUACUUUUGCAGCUAGUGCCUCUGUGCCUUUUUGUCAUGACUUGGAACACUUACGUAGAGCAGAUUUUUGUUAAUGAUUGCACAGUAGUAAUGUAACAGCAUAAACACUGUCUUUUACUCACACUUCAUGUCACUAGCAUUUUAGGAUGAUAUAUGUUUUCAAUUUGUCGCUGUAACUCCACGAGCCGCCCCUUCACGUUUUGUUCCUCUUAUUUGUGCACUGUAAUGACAGUCUCACACUCGCAACACUAAUUGUUUAUCCUUCAUAUCAAUACAUGCUUUUUCACAGAGCACCUCAUGCUACUAAUGUGCACUAAGAUGUAUGUCGACAGUUUGGUUUAAGACACUUCCCUGUGUAGGAAAUCAAAGGAAGUAAUGAUGGGUGUAGGAGCAGCUGCUCCUGCAUCAAAGCUGGUCCUGGUGCUUGACUUUUUUAGCCUGCUGUCUACCUUAACAACACUUGAGAUAUUCAGGUUUACACUUCAAGUGCUAUCACCAUCGUCACUGUUACUUUUGCACUGCUAACAGAUCACUGGUGCUGAUAAGGCUAAUGAAAAUGCACGAGGAAGAUGUUUGAUUUGAGGAACUUCACACAGACUUAUGUGCCUACGCAUUUCUCUCCACGCUCACCUCCUAUUUCUUGAGGUUUUCGGUCACCUGUGUGUGUGUUUUCUCAGGUUUCUGGUCCCACUCAGGGUCAGAUACUAACUACCUCUUCCUGUCGGACCUGGGGAAACCUGAACUACUGUACCUUUCCUCAGUUUUACCGGUUUUCUUUACAGCUGAAGAUCAUUACCAUACAUCUGCCUUGUUUUAAAUGUCUGGCAAUAAGCUGAUUUCAUUUUAAAUUCAAUCCAUGUGCACGUUGAUUUGGGGUGUUGAAUUCCCUGUGAGCAAAUUUGUUUAGCUAUAGGGCACUUGGAAUAAAGAUGACUCCUGUUGGAUAUUGUUGUAAAGAGAUUUGGGGCCCUACUAUUAGCUGCCUCAGUUCCAUGGCAUUGUACCAAUAUUUUGUAUUCAUCAUUAACUCUUCAAUAUUACAUUUUAUGCUGCAGAAGGAACUCAAACCUAUUCCAAAAACAAGUGUUGUCAAAUGUGCAUUUAAAUUUCACAAGGCUGGCUUGUGAAUGAACCUCACCACAGAAUGUAUCCCUGUCAACACACCUAUCUGAUGGCUGUGUAUUGGUUCCCAGCUGACUUACUUCCCUCUUAUUUGCUGUAUUGACACACUAUUCUGAAUCUUGAUAGAAUUAUAAUCUGCUUUUCUCUCAAGUCUUUUGAACCAAAUAAUACCAAGGCUGGCUCUAAUCAUACUCUAGCUAGCACUUUAUAACUGCAGCAUGUCGGGAACAGUUUGGCUCUGCUGCUGUGCAUAAUACCUGUGUGCAAUAUUGUUGAAUUAGUCAGUAGAUCGGAGCAAGUUGGAACUGACAUUUGUGGUCUCAACUGUUAAAAAAGGACUUCUGCAUUUCCUCUCAGAACGAUGUUUCAAGUGACACUGUAUUUGCCCAUUGUUGUGUGUCCUCCAGAGGUUGUGGGUGUGAAGUGAUCAGUUUGUAUAUGUGAAAGAUGUGAAUAUGUUUCCUGGAAAGAGUUUUAAUUUCAUGUGCUGAGUUUUUGUUUAAUAAAACUAGUGUGCUUUUAAA